AUGGGUAAAUUGAAGGAAAGGAUAGACAUUAAAAAUUUGCAAAGUUUGAUGAUUUUUGGAGAAUACAGUAGGUUACACCUGAACGAGAGCGUUGGAUUUGAGCUAGGAGAGUUGGGGAAACUAGAAGUGCUUGGAGGAGAGCUCAAGAUAUCUGGACUUGAAAAUGUGAGAACCAGCCAAGAAGCUGAAGAGGCCAAACUGAUGGAAAAGAGGAAUUUAGUGAAGUUGGGAUUAGUUUGGAAUAGGAACCAAGAGUCCACCGGAGAUGAUGUCCUUUUUUUAGAAAAGGCUGGAGAUGAUAUCCUAGAUAGUCUCAAGCCACACUCUAAUAUUAGAAGACUUUGCAUUGUAAAUCAUGGUGGCUCUGUUGGUCCUAGUUGGUUGUGCAGCAACAUCAUAUACAUGAGAAACUUGGAGACCCUACAUCUAGAGAGCGUAUCAUGGGCCAACCUUCCACCUAUUGGGCAGAUGUAUCACUUAAGAAAGCUGAAGCUGAAAAACAUUCUUGGGAUAUCUCAGAUUGGACCUGAUUUCUUUGGUGGUACUACAGAAAAAAGUUUCACGCACUUGAUGGAAGUUCAGUUUUAUGAUAUGCCAGACCUUGUAGAGUGGGUUGGGGGAGCUAACUGUCAUCUGUUCUCAAGGCUUGAAAAAAUCAGUUGCACUGAUUGUCCCAUGCUCACAACGCUGCUGAUCUCAGGUUGGCCUAUUUCUUCUACAGAAGGCAACACUAAAUGGUUCCCUAGCCUUCGUGAUCUUCACAUUCUUAGAUGCCCGAAGUUGUGCCUUCCUCCCAUGCCUCACACUUUGAUGGUAUCCCGUAUUUAUACAGACUGCUUGUUUUAUUAUCGUACUAAGUUGGACAUUAGGAAUCCCUCUGAAUUGGUUUUCCACAAUCUUGGUGAUGUAGAAAGGUUGACAAUUCAGGAUGCAUCAUGCUUCUCAUUUAUGGAUCUUCAAAAGCUACAUUCCCUAGGACAUAUAGAGGUCAGUAGAUGUGAGGAAACCUUUUUGAGAGGACUGGAUGAUGGUGUUGUGCUCCACCAAGUCCAAUCUCUCAAACUCGAACACUUUUCACUUACCAGAAAAUCCUUGUCAAAUUUGUUCGAAUGUUUCCCAGCUCUUUCUAGUUUGGAUGUCAGGGCAUUAUCAGAUGAGGAUCAUGAGGAGGUGGUACUGCAGUUUCCACCCUCCAGCUCGCUGAGAAAUGUCCGCUUCGUUGGGUGUAAGAAUCUCAUCCUGCCUGUGGAUGAAGAGGAAGGAGUUGGGUUCUGUGGCAUCUCGUCGCUUGAGUCCGUGGCCAUAAUAAAUUGUAACAAGCUAUUCUCUCGGUGGCCCAUGGGAGGAGGAGGAGGAGCUCAGACUCAGAGCAUCAUCUACCCUCUCCCCCCUUCCCUCAAGGAACUGUCUUGUGGUCUACGACUAGUUAAUUGCAUGGAUAUCACAGUGGAUGGGUUUGUUUCUCUCAUCGCAAUCAACCUCGAGCGUUUGACGGUGCACAAUUGGAGAGAUGGUGAGGCUGAGCCAUACUCUGUAGCAGGAGAUCUACUUGCAGCGGUGGCAAGCACCAAAACAUUGCCCGCCGGUUCCUUCCAACUGGUGAGCCUUUAUGUGGACAGCAUCUCUGCAGUGCUUGUUGCUCCCAUCUGCAGCCGCCUCUCCGCUACCCUCCAGAGGUUAUACUUCGAUUGUGAUUGGUGGACAGAGAAGUUCACGGAAGAGCAGGACGAGGCGCUUCGGCUCCUCACGUCUCUCCAAGGCCUGUGGUUCAACAACUGCAGGGCUCUGCAGUCCCUCCCACAAGGGUUGCAUCGCCUUCCUUCUCUCCAGGAAUUAAGUAUCGGGGGGACUCAAAAAAUCAGAUCGGUGCCCAAGGAGGGCCUCCCCGAUUCACUGCGAUUGCUAUACAUAGAAAAUUGCAGUCCCGAGAUUUAUGAGGAAUGCCAGAAAUUAAGGGGAACGAGGCCAGAUAUACAUACUUUUGCCUUCAUUCGUGACGCGGAAAGCUGA